UACAUUUAUGCGCAAGUUGUGUUUACAUUGGCGGUAUUCUGGUCAACUGAUGUUGGAAAUUGCAGAAAUUGUUAUGUAUUUUACUUUCAUCUAAUUAAUACAAAUCUCUAAAAAUGGAAGGAAUUGCACUUUUGGAGCCGACAGAAUUAUACAAUAUGCUUCAGCAGUGUACUGUUUAUUCAAAUCUUAGUGAUCAUAAUUAUCUUUUACUAAUUGAUGCAAGAAAUAAAAAUGAGUAUAAUGAGAGCCACAUUGUCACAGCAAAAAAGGCACCAAAGAAUAAAGAUGGGCAGUUUUUUGUUCCGUUUGACUCAGAACUGGAAUGCAGACAGAACGUGGUGGUGUAUGACAGCAACAGCUCUAGUUUCAAUGAGCUUAACGAUGCCACAGACUGUGCCUCCCUUUUCUGGCAGAUGGGAAGCAGAAACAAGGUGUACAUCCUGAAAGGAGGAUAUGAAGAAUUCUCUGCCCUUUAUCCAUUCUUACGAACUCAGAAAAUUAUUUUUAUGCCCAAGGAACUUGAUGAGAUCAAGCCAUAUCCAGCAGAGAUCCUGCCAGGCUUUCUGUAUCUAGGCAACUGGCACCAGGGUAAUGCCCCCUACAUACAGAAGGACCUCAAGAUCAAGGGGCACAUCAACUGCUGUGUGGAAGCAGAAACAUUUUUCCCUGCCAAUAGUGGCAACCUUCUGCACAUCCAGUGUGUUGACUCCAGUGAUGCCAACCUUGCAGCAAAAUUCGAAUUAGCCUGCAAAUUUCUUGACUCCUGUAAAGACAACAAGAAACCAGUUUUAGUGUUUUCUAACCUGGGUAUCAGUCGAAGCGUGGCCAUUGUGAUUGCAUACCUGAUCUAUCACAAAAAAAUGAGUUUAAAGUCCGUCGCAAACAUGUUGGGCUAUAUCUCAGAAACUGUAAAAGAUUUCAACAUACAACUCCAUUGGUAUAUACAUAUCAAUACGGAUGCAUUCAACCAUGCACACAAGUGCUCCAAUUUCAUUCAACCUGUGCAGUCAUUUAUGGACCAACUGGCUGACUGGGAAAAGAAGAUCAGGGGUUAAUAAUCAAGGAAACUCAUUGCAAAAGCUGAGCCCUACCGGUUACCUCUCUUCAACGGUGGUUAUUUUGUAUUGAACUAUUAUAUUGAAUACUAUUUAAUACAUUUACUUUAUACCAUCACUCUGAAUUCUUUUUUUUUUGAAAUUCAGAAAUUGUUUUGUUUUUUUUAUAAUUAUGUGUAUAAUUUGGUAAUUGUUGGAUAUAUAUUUUAUUUAUCUGUGAUAGUUGUUAUAAAAUCUUUUACAAAUAUGUUUAUUAUGUUUGCUUAUAUUUCAAGUGUCCAUGCUAUUGCAUAGCCAAAUUUAUUACAUACCUUGUUAUUGAAUGGUUUUGUUUAUUCAAAUUGGGAAUGUAUUGUUGAUACCAAAAUUUUUAGCAACUAAAAUGUAUUGUUUUCAAAUUUAAACUCAAUGUUACUUGUUUUCUAAGUAUAAAUGAAAUCAUGUUGAUUAGUAAUGACCAAAAACAUUUCAGAUCCGAAUCAGAAUGGCUAUGAGAUGUAAGCAUUAAAAGAGUGAGUUAUGUGUUAACAAGAUUCAUGUAGAUUCAAUUAUUUGUUCAGUGAUUGCAAAUGUUUUCUAUCUCAAAAAGCAUUUUAUCCUUGAGUUUUUUUAAGAAUACAUUAUAAGUGCCACUAUUUGCAUGCCCACUAAUAUGACAACAAUAUUUAAUGAUGAUAUUUUUUUAUAGUUGUUCGAUUGUAGCCAUGUGUUUUAAUCACAUAAGAACUUUGUAUCAAUUAGUAUUGUUAGGGAUUGCAAUUUUUCUACUAAAUACAUCCAACAUGUUAUUACUAAUUGAUACAUAUAUAAGUGGACAGUGGGAAUAGAUUUAAAGAUAUUUUUGUAUUUGAUAUGCUUCUUUAUGUUAAUAUAUUGAGUUUUUUUUAAUUUACGUACGUAACUAAUGCGAAUGCCCUAAUGAAUGUCUUUGUGACUUUAGCUAAUAAGUUAAAACUGAGACACUUGCAAGCUUAUUUUAAUCUGAAUCUUCAUCUGAAAUAUUCAAGAAAAGAAGUUAAAGAUCGAUUAUUUGAGCAUUAUCUUUAUACGUUUGAGCUUAAUUAAGUUUUUAGUUGUUGAGCCAGGACAUUUAGCGGAAAAUAAGUACACCGGGAUUUAAUUUCAUAUGUUUAUCAAUCUUUUUUCAUGUAUUGCUUUUUUCAUACAGUAUUUCUACAUAUUUUAGUUAAACCAUGAAUGCUUAAUUUAUUAAAUUGUUACCUGCGUUCUAUGAAAUAAAAAAUUACAUGGCA